AUGGCAACAAUUUGUUCUGAUAUGGAGAAAAGCAGCCUAAAUCAAGCUUGCAGUAUUAGGUGCGUUAUCUACUGGCAGUGGAUUUUCACAAGAGGAGGAAAAAAGUUUAGCAUCAUGGAAAUUCCGUAUAUGAGCAACUCGACCUUUGCUUCUUGUGAGCGAACUACUGGCAAAAUAAUACAGGGAUGUGCACAGGAAACUAUGUGUGCUGCUAUAGAAGAGGAGAAAAGGCAGGCAGAACUUCGCAAUGAUAAAGAUAAUGAUGGUUAUCACUGUAUAACUGUCAUUGUUGAUGGAGUUCCAAAAAAAGAUUCUCUUGAGGCCGUAACACGUGGACAGUCAUCAUCUGAAAGAUGGCGUCACGAAAGAUCAAGAAGAAUAUCAUCAUCCUUUUUCAAAGAUGUUGCUGAUAGGCGUCCAACAACACUCAGUGCUGCUUUAGUGAAACGUAUCAUAUAUAAUGAUAACGUUUCAACUAAAGCAUUAAAGUAUGGCUUGGCUAACGAAGCAGUAGCCUUAAAUCAAUACAAGGAAAAGCACAUGGGAAAAAACAUCAGACGUUGUGGCCUUUUUAUUGAUCCUAAAUAUCCCUUUCUUUGUACUUCGCCAGAUGGAUUGAUAGACGAAGAUGGAUUACUUGAAAUAAAAUGUCCUUAUACAUGGCCAGAUUCUCAGCAGACUUGUCAGACUUUUUCAGCAAGCCUAAUUCUCCACAAAUAUUAUUUUCAAAUUCAAGGGCAGUUAGCCAUAACAGAGAGGAAUUGGUGUGAUUUAUAUAUAUGGUGCAGAGAAGAUGCAAUCACAUUAAGAAUACCCGAAGACAAAACUUUCUGGAUCAGUUUAGUUCCAAAACUCGAAAAAUUUUACGUGAAUUGUAUUCUUCCUGAGCUUGUUGAUCCAAGAGCACCAAGAAAAAUGUCUCUUAGAGAACCGAAGUAUAUUGUUGAUGCUAGAGCACAGAAUGAGAAACAAAAACAGGCCACUGCUUCUGUAAAACAAACACAAGAAAAAAGAGAAAUUGAAAUUUCAGAAGCAGAUAAAAUUAUUUCAUCUCCUAGAAAGAAUGCAGGAGAGAAAAGAAUCAGGAAACCAAAAAUUAUUUUUGAUUUGUAAUCAGUAACAAGCCAAGCCAGCACACCGUAACAUUUUCUACGUCUGAA